UGAGCGCUCACACGCCGGCUGGUGUUUGUUUGCCAGUGACUGAUACUCCUUGAGGGAUGGUCCAUUUCACCAGCCAGGAAAACAACAGCUUGCGGGGGCCACUGCGCCCCGGUUUCCCAGCGCCGCUGGCAGCCUGCUCACUGCUGAGUCCUCUCAGUGGUCACAGGGCCUCCGGACAGCCCCCGGCCUGCAGCCCCCGUGGCCGCCCCCUGGUCCCCACCGCCCGCAGCAGCUGCCGGACCCACUCCUCCAAGCCCAAGGCUGGGCCUGCUGGCCAGCCACGAGUGGCCAUGCUGCCCACACCCAAUGGCAGUGGGCCGAGCCCGGAGCUUGAAGGCCAUUGGCCAAAGACCUCGGAGAGGUCCCCAUGUGUGGCUGGUGUCAUCCCUACCAUCUACUACAGCAUCCUGCUGAGCCUGGGGCUGCCUGUCAACCUGCUGACCACGGUGGCCCUGGCCCGCCUGGCCGCCAGGACCCGGAAGCCGGUGUACUACUACCUGCUGGCGCUCACGGCCUCGGACAUCGUCACCCAGGUGGUCAUCGUGUUCGGGGGCUUUCUCCUGCAGGGCGCCGUGCUGGCCCGGGACCUGCCCCGCUCCGUGGCGCACACCGUGAACAUCCUGGAGUUUGCCGCCAUCCACGCCUCGGUCUGGAUCGCCGUGCUGCUCACGUUCGACCGGUACAGCGCCCUGUGCCGCCCCCUGCACCACCGGGCGGCCUCCUCCCCGGGCCGGGCCCGCCGGGACAUCUCCAUCGUCCUGGGCGCCGCCCUGCUGACGGGCAUCCCCUUCUACUGGUGGCUGGACGUGUGGAGGGACCCGGGCCCCCCCAGCACGCUGGACGAGGCCCUCAAGUGGGCCCACUGCCUCACCGUCUACUUCAUCCCUGGCGGCAUUUUCCUGGUCACCAACUCGGCCCUCAUCUGCCGGCUGCGGAGGCGGGGCGGGCGUGGGCCGCGGCCCCGGGUGGGCAAGAGCACCGCCAUCCUGCUGGGCCUCACCACGCUCUUCGCCUGCCUCUGGGCGCCCCGCAUCUUCGUCAUGCUCUACCACCUGUACGUGGCCCCGGUGCACCGGGACUGGCGGGUCCACCUGGCCUUGGACGUGGCCAACAUGGUCGCCAUGCUCCACACGGUGGUCAACUUUGGCCUCUACUGCUUUGUCAGCAAGACCUUCCGGGCCACCAUCCGAGAGGUCGUUCACGAUGCCCACCUGCCCUGCAUCCUGGGGCCACAGCCAGAGGGCACGGUGGCGGAGCCCGUGCUGAAGCCUCCGGGACUCCCCGAAGGGGCAGAAUUGUAGAGGGGGGCCCAGCCGGCGAGCUUGGCGGGGGGCGGGGGCGAGCUCGGGGCCAGUGUACUGGGCCUUCGUGGCUGUGUCCACAAAACUUUACCAGCGCCCUACC